UAGGGUACCAGGAGUACAGUGGCUACAUUGGUAGUCCUGAAGUAAGCUUACAUAAGCCCUGAUGAAGGCCAUCAGAGUUGGCCUUCCUGAGGUGGAAUUUCAUGGAACACUCAUGGGGUGGAAUUCUGGUAGUUCUUAUGACAUCACUGCUAUUGCACAGUUACAGUGCAGGUUUAAAUGUUACAACUGAAACAUAUUUUUGACUCCAGCAACAAGCAGAUACACACACAGCUGAACUAGGACAGUUUCAUAGAGCAGUUUCUUUGAAAAAAAGGUGAGUUUUGGGGGAACUGCUUUAUAAGUGAAACUUACUUUUGACGCUGUAACUUUGAUAGCUGAUGGUAGAUAUUUACAGUGAGAUUUUUGAGCAUGCCCAACAGUACAGAUGGGAAAUGUACUGCUUAACUUGAAUAACUUAUGUCUUUGUGGGAUCUUUAAAGCUCAGAUGACGGAACAAGGAGAUGGGGCCCAUGCUCAGCCUAAUGAGGAGCAACCACUCUUGGCUGAAGAUGGUAACUGGGGAGAUAUGGACAACUUCUUUGAAAAUGGUGUGGAAUAUGUUAUAAUGUUUGCACCACGUAUCUUUGAAGUUGCGAGACUUUGGGAGCCAGAGCAGCUUAACAACAACAAUGGUGAUCACAUCAAUCAGAAUAAUUUCUUCAACAUUCAUUUUGAAAUUGAUGACAACAACUCUGAUGAUGGAAAUGAUGGCAAUAAUGCUGAUGAUGAAAAUGACCACAAUAACAGAGAUACUGAAAAUGACCACAAUUAUUGCAAUUAUAAUUUUGCCGAUGAUGAUCAAAAUGCUGACAGCAGCAACGAUGAAGAAGAACGCAAUGAAGCUCAUCAAGAUGAAAAUGACCUUGCUGCUGCUGAGGUUGACUAUGAAGUCAACCCGGAUGAAGGAGAAGCAGCGGAGGAUCUGCUUCCUGGAGGAUUUGGGAGACAGUUUAGAGAGGAAGACAGUGAUGAUGAGAAAAGUCAUGCCAGCGAACAGUUCCACUGGUGGGAUGAAUUUGCUGACAGCGCCUCUGAAGAACAAGACUCCCUACUUGAAGGCAAUAAAGAAAGCGAUGAGGGUGAUGAAGACGAGAGGUGAAUCCAAAAGUGACAUGCCAACCGUCACUCAGAGUGACUGAAUGGAACCUCUUUAAUAAAAAUGCAUCUUCUA